CGAAGCCGAGGGGGGCAGAGCAGGCGCUGGCUGCACUGCGUGGCCGGUGCAGGUUGGCGAGAACUUCUUGCCGAGCUCCCCUGGGGCGAGGCGUGCCCGUGUCCGCCUCCGUGUCCGGGAGAGGCGGCUCCUCCCGCCCGCAAGCCCGCUCGGCAUGGCCGGCCGCUUCGGCCGCGGCGUGUGCCGGGGCAAGCGGGGCCGGGGGUCCCCCGGCGGGGGCGCGCUGCUGGCGCUGGGGCUGCUGGCCGCCCUCGGCUUCCUCGCCUGGCGGCGCGGCCCCCCGCCCCGCCGCGGCGACCCCUCGCCUCCGCCGCCCGUCGACGAAGCCUCGCUGCGGAAGCCCGUGUACGCCAAGCCCGGCCCGGAGCCGGGGGCGCUGGGCGAGCUGGGCCGGGCGGUGCGGCUGGAGCUGAGCCCGGCCGAGAAGCGGCGCCAGGAGGAGAGCAUCCGGCGGCACCAGAUCAACAUCUACCUGAGCGACCGCAUCUCGCUGCACCGCCGCCUGCCCGAGCGCUGGAACCCGCUAUGCAAAGAGAAGAAGUAUGACUACUAUAGUCUGCCAAAAACAUCAGUUGUAAUAGCUUUCUAUAACGAGGCUUGGUCAACACUUCUGCGGACUGUUCAUAGUGUUCUUGAGACAUCUCCAGAUAUACUUUUAGAAGAAGUUAUCCUUGUGGAUGAUUACAGUGACAAAGAACAUUUAAAGGAGCGUUUGGAAAACUACGUGGCUGGCUUACGCAAGGUGCGUCUUAUCCGUGCAAACAAGAGAGAAGGUCUGGUUCGAGCCCGACUGCUGGGGGCUUCUAUAGCCAAAGGGGACAUCCUGACCUUCCUGGACUGCCACUGUGAGUGCCAUGAGGGCUGGCUGGAACCACUUCUGGAAAGGAUUGCGGAAGAAGAAUCGGCUGUCGUCUGCCCUGUUAUUGACGUUAUUGACUGGAAUACAUUUGAGUACUUGGGAAAUGCUGGUGAGCCACAGAUUGGUGGAUUUGACUGGAGGCUGGUCUUCACUUGGCAUAGUACCCCUGAAAGAGAACAGAAACGAAGGAAGUCCAAGAUUGAUGUGAUCAGGUCUCCAACCAUGGCAGGAGGAUUGUUUUCUGUGAGCAAGAAGUAUUUUGAUUAUCUUGGUUCAUACGACACAGGAAUGGAAGUCUGGGGAGGAGAAAACCUUGAGUUCUCAUUUAGGAUAUGGCAGUGUGGAGGAAGUCUUGAGAUCCACCCAUGCUCACACGUAGGCCACGUUUUCCCCAAACAAGCUCCUUACUCACGGUCUAAGGCUUUGGCAAACAGUGUACGUGCAGCUGAAGUGUGGAUGGAUGAAUAUAAAGAGCUUUAUUACCAUCGAAACCCACACGCUCGCUUGGAACCAUAUGGAGAUGUGACGGAGAGGAGACUCCUUCGAGAGAAGCUGAAAUGUAAGGACUUCAAAUGGUUCUUGGAGAACGUGUACCCAGAGCUUCACGUACCUGAGGACAGACCAGGCUUCUUUGGCAUGCUGAAAAGUAAAGGAAUGGUCAACUUCUGUUUUGAUUAUAACCCUUCAAAUGAACAUGAAGUAACUGGACACAGGGUCAUACUCUACCCAUGUCAUGGGAUGGGACAAAAUCAGUUUUUUGAGUACACAUCCCGUAACGAAAUACGCUACAACACCCGACAGCCAGAAGCCUGUGCAGCAGUAGACACAGGGACUGACUAUUUGACAAUGAACUUGUGUCAAGAAAAUCCUUCUGACAUUCCUGAAAACCAGAAAUUUAUUUUCAGAGAGGAUGGUACUUUGUUUCAUCUACAAACCCAGAAGUGCUUACAAGCAGAGUCAAACUCUUACAAUGGUAAUCCAGCACCAGUAUUACGACCGUGUACCGAUUCAGAAUACCAAAAAUGGUUCUUCAAAGAAAGAAGUUGAUCCAGAUGUCAUCUAGUUGAAUAUGAAAAUGUUCUCUUUCUAGUCAGCAGAUAGUCAGCCUUUUGAAAACUACAUAAGUGAUAUAUUUUUGUAUGAAAAGAACUGUAAUUAGUUUACAAGCGUUGAAUUUUGUUUUCUGGAGCAUUAAAAGGCACUAAGCAUCGAGAGCUACGUGAAGUACUAUGGCUGCAUCGUGCCACAGAAUCUGCUCCUCUUCAGUUCCAUGUAUUUGGCAGCUACAUAACUGAUUUUGAAGUGUCUUAGAUCCUUUUUCACAAGUGACAAUAUAUUUUUUAAUCUACUGUGUGAAAGUAAAGCAGUCAAAAUAAUUGCACUAAUGUUAUCUGCCAGUAACUAAAAUGUUUAUUUUUCUACUAAAGCAUUCUGCAGUUGUGCCUUUUAACAGAUGCUGGUUAAUAAUUCUCCUUGUCUUUUUAAUACCAAGAGGGUAAAUGUAGGCCAGAUUUCGACCCUGCGUGGCUAUGACAGACCCCUCACUGAAGACUGUGGGUUUGCAGGUGAAGGCUGAGACGGUCUGCAUAUUUUUGCACAAAUAACAAUCGAGAUGCAUACAGAUUGCACAUGCUUGACAAUACUAUACAAAUGUUAUGACAAUUUCAGUUGCUCAUGGCACUUGAUUAGAUUCUGAUCAUGCUUAAGUCUGAUUUUGGAGUAAAAUGGGGAUUUUCUCAUCUUCAUUAAUUAAGGCAACAACAUUUAAAGGUGAUGCUCUCUUUAGAUAUAAGUGGAUCUAGCUGUGCAGCUAGACUGCACAACUGACUUUAACAUUACAUGGAUUUUCAGCAUGCAUACAACCUGCAAGAUCAGACCUAGCAAUAAUUCUUUUGACAUGAGGGGGUUGUUUCAAAUUUACAAUUACAGCAAAUAAAUCUAUAAAUUAAUAUCUUUCAUUAAAUUGUAAUUGUUUAAAUGGCUCUUAAAAAUCAACGGAUAAAUAAAAAAUUGGUUUACAACUAAUUGAUAGGACAUGCAGCUGCUAUUAAUUCAAAAAAAAAAAAAAGUCUUUCAGAUAUCACUUGCAUUUUGUCUGGGAACUCCUUUUCUGGUAACUUGUUUGUGGUAACACAUACAGUCCUAUUGAAAACACAGGGUUUAAUCUGCACCAGUACAAGAUGUUUUCAGCUGUGGUGUUGUGGGGUCUGCUUUACCCAUUCAGACAAGGAGUAAGUAUAGCUAUAUAUUUGGUCAUUGACCAUUAUCAUUAAAGUGUUGAUUAAAAGAGUUUCAGCUCAUGAGGAAGGUGUCCUCAUGUCAGCUGGAGCUAUGUUUUAUGCAUAGAAGCAUGAAGAUUUCAACCUUUUUUCCCCCAGAAGUCUUGGCAUCUCUUCUGGGUAGUUUUAGAUUUCUUCCAUUAUUUGUCUUUGUUCUUGUUUUCUAUAUGAAAUGUACAGACCUUUCUUUGAAUUUUCAUAAGCUCAUGUCAUUUUGGCAUAUCUAUUUAUAUGAUUAGGGUGUGGGGGGAGGGUUUCUGCCUGUAGAGGAUGCUGAUGGAGGUUCUUCCAAGAUCUGUCUAAAACCCUGUAGAUGGAAUGUUUUUUGAAGACCUUCAAAGAUCUGUCUCUGUGGGUUGGACUGAUGAAAUUGAUGUUAGAACUAAUAAAAUAUUUUGUGACUCGA